ACUUAGUAAAAUAUUUAGGGUUUAUAGAAGCUAUGGGGUCGUUGCAAGCGCGCAGGAGAGCGCUAGGCUUCGCAUUCUCCGGCCGAGCGAGGAUCUUCUCGACGCAGGCGAGAAUUUCGAGCUCGCCGCCGGAUGGCCGGGCGCUGCAUCCUGCAUUGCUGCUGGCAGCUGUGAAGGAGCCAGGCCAUUUUCGCAGCGAUGCGUUCGAGCGGACUUCUUUGCUGCGAAACCAGCAGAUCACGUAUGGUUUCUCGGCUGGAUCUCUCUUCGACACUACCGGCUUGCUAAAUCCUGUGUUGAUGGCCGAUCUUUCCAGCCAGCAAGUGGAAACUCUCGAUCAAAUUCCGCAAGCUGAAACGAACAAAACUCUGGAACUCAAGCCGACUCUGAACCAGCUCGUCAGAGGCGCACGAAAGAAAAAGAAGAAGCUCUCCAAAUCCCCAGCUCUGGGAGGAGCACCACAGAAGCAGGGAGUGUGCCUCCGCGUCUCCACCAGGACUCCAAAGAAGCCCAACUCGGCUCUUCGGAAAGUCGCCAAGGUUCGUCUCUCCAAUCGCAACGUUGUCAUCGCCUACAUUCCAGGCGAGGGCCACAACCUCCAAGAGCACUCGGUGGUGCUCGUCCGGGGAGGCCGAGUGAAAGAUCUUCCCGGUGUCAAGUACCACUGCAUCAGGGGCGCGAAAGAUCUCCAGGGCGUCGCAAACCGGAGGAAAGGGCGAUCGAAGUAUGGAACCAAGAAGCCCAAGCCCGUGGACAAGAGCUAGCAACUUAGCAAGAGAUGACGAGGAGGUUCGUAGUUUCUUCUCUUGUCUUUAAGAACUUAUCAAAUCACAGGUGUUCUACCCAAGACUGCUCUCACGUGUUCUUUAGAUUCACCCAAGACUGCUCUCAGGUGUUCUUUCGAUUUAUCCAAGACUGCUGCUAUUUAGAGCUCCAUGUCCACUAUAAACUUGGAUCCUCAAGGGAUCGUUUUGGAACUC